UUUUCUAUGUUUUUAAGAUCUUUUGAUAUAUGUUAAGAUCUUAUCAUAGAGAAGCUGUUGAUAUAAAAAGCUUUAUAAGAAAGUAACGUAAGUUUAUAAAAACAUAAAUUAGUGGCAAAGAAGUUAAUGGAUUGAACAACACCAAAAAAGAAAGAGAAGAACAUCAAAUAAAAGAGAAAACUUCAAAAGCUACAUUUUGCAUAUUUUUGGAUCGUUAGGAAGCUUAGACACAAUCAGUGGGACAGUUUUACAGUAAAAGGGAGGUAAAUGGGAAUGUUUGAAAGAAAAAAGAUAGUGCUGUUAGUUUCAUUGAUAUGCGUUUCACAGCAGGCAACAAAUGUACAAGACGCCAACUCUAAAAGUACUUCAACAGAGUUAAAAGUAGUAAAACCUCAAAAACGCGUGACGCCUGUCAAAGAUGCAGAAAAGUUAUCUAUUUUAAGGACCCAAGACAAUAGCCUUGAUUUAAAUACAAACGGAGAAGAGGUUUGGGAUGAACUUACACACAAUAUACCAUUAGAGUACAUUGAAAAGAUUUAUAAUGAACUUAACCAAUUAGCUCAAAAUGAAAAUCGACCAAAACGUUUGUGGGGUGCUACUGCUGCUAUAAAUACGGAUAAUUUAAAUCCCGAAGUAGAAAACGAACUUGAAAAUAAAAAAAAUGCACCUGUAAUUGAAAAGUUUGAACGUCCAAUAGGACUAUGGCAUAAAGAUAUUGAAACUAAAAAUCCUGAAAACAGACUUCCUUUAGGACUUUGGGGUAAAGAUAGCGAACCACUUCCAAUUGGACUCUGGGGUAAAGAUGCCGAUGUCAAUGAUGAUUUAAAAAAAGAACCCCUCCCAAUAGGGCUUUGGGGAAAAGAUACUGACUCAACUCGAGGAGAUAAUAAACCAAAUGCUUACAAGGGUAAAUUACCAAUAGGACUUUGGGGAAAAGAUAACGCUUUAACUAAUGAUCUUGGUAAAAAAAACAAUGGUAAAGAUAGUGGACCUCCACCAGGUCUUUGGGGAAAAGAUAGUAAACCAAUUCCGGGUCUCUGGGGAAAAGAUAAUGGACCAAUGACAGGACUUUGGGGAAAAAAAGACGUCGGGCCGCCUCCCGGAUUAUGGGGCAAAAAGGAUCAACCCCCUAUUGGAAUGUGGGGCCGAGCCGGAAAAAGAGACAGUAAUCCAUAUCCUGGUUUAUGGGGUAAAAAAGAAGAAGAGCUCGAAAAUGUAGAUAAAGAAAUUGAAGAAGAUAGUUUAGAAGAAUUUCCUGCAUGUUUGUUAGAAAACCCACCAUGCGAAAUUCAAGAGAAAAGAUAUAACAUUGAUAAAAGUGGUCCCCCACCUGGACUUUGGGGAAAACGCAGCGAAAAAUAUCAAAUGAACAAACCUCCAUGGAGAGGAGGUAUGUGGGGUAGAAGCGAGAUAUUAGAAAACUCAGUUCACGAUUCAAAAAAAACCAACACAAUUGAUAUGGAGCAUGCAGAAAAUUAAUUUUUAUUUUUAUUUUCAGUAUUCUAUGUGAAAAAUAUAAUAAAGUAUUAUUUAUUGAUUUAGAUAUAUAUUAAACAUUGA